AUGGCUGAUGACGCAACACGUCCUGUCCGUCGUUCCCUAUCUCUGCUUGUAGUCUCUGUGGCUUUCGUACUCAUUGCCCUUCUUGUCCAGCUUGCCACGGAAUAUUCAGCACUCCAUCAUUUUGAGUAUGUAUUGACGUGUCUGACUGAUCAGCACUCCUGCAAAUGCGAAGGCUGGAAUGCCACUUUCGAAGAAAAACAGAAAGCUUUGAUGCUUCAAACAGACAAGUGUGGAUACUGUAAGGGCUACGAUUCUGUACGUCGAGUCAGUGACAUUUCAUGUGAGGAGUACUCGCAAGUGUAUGGUUUGACUGGUAGACCAGUCAUUGUCACAGAUGCAAUGAGACACUGGAACAUUUCUAUGUUUGUCGAAGGGCUGGAGAAAAUGAGUCUUCAAACGUACAGAGAAUUGUACUAUCGAGCUGUAGAAUUAGGCACGAAGGACAAAGUGUUUGGUUCAUUCUUUGACAUUCUGUAUACUGGCCUUGAUCCUGAGAGUGGACCAUAUUCAACACCCGAAAAAUUUUUUGCUGCAUCUGAUGAAGUAGUGAUGAACGACACAUGGUACAUUAAUUGGAUUACAGAUGACAAGUCUAUGUUUGAUGUUUUGAACCAAGCAGUGCAAGAUCCAUACUUUUUUGCUCCUUGGUCUACACAUGCAUCACAGUUGUGGUUUUUUAUUGGUCGACUUGCUGAGGGUAAGAAUUUAGAAGGUCGUUCUCGUCAUGUGGACACUGUUAAGAUGUCUGGUACGUGGCAUGGUCAGCUACUGGGAGAAAAGGAGUGGCAUUUUUGGCCAGCUCGAGAGUGCCAAAGUGUUUGUCUUGAUAAACUUAUAGUCAAUGUUAAGAUGGGAGAGAUGAUAUUGGUAAAUACUGACUUGUGGGAGCAUGAGACAUUUAUGCCACCACGUUCUGCUGAGCAUCAAUUCAGCUUUUCAGUUGCCAAGGAUUACUAUAUGUCAUCUCGUUUUCUCUUACGGAACGUACCUGGGGAUCCGUUUCAAGACUGGCUCUUUCCGUGGAAUUAUACUUUUACUUCUACCUAUGAGCACAGUGAUUGAAUUUCUGUUGAAGAAUGUUUUCCGUCUGUGUUAGCUUUUUAACUUUGAAGGCUAGCGAUAAUUCUAGCUGUGUGCUAGCCCUGUGUACACAAAGUUAUCGAUUGUAUACUCAAGAAAGGCUCUUUUCCGUUUAGAGAAUUAGAUUGAUAGAAAUGGUAAACAAUUCACGGUCGCAUGA